AUGUUGCUCACCCUUCCAGUACCAGCAAUCCCUUUGCAGGUCGCGCUGCCGGCCGCGGUUGCCGGCCUCGCCUACAUCAAUGCCCGCGCUUCGGUGUGGUACGACCUGUUGAUGCUGAACUCUGUCAUUCCUGCGGUCAUCUCCAUGAACAUGUCCCGUCUUACCGGCAAGAUCAGCGUCUUCUACCGCAUCGAGGAAAGGGCAAAGUCCUCGGCAUUCGCAAACCGACCCUUCAUCCUCGUCGACGACUACUCGUACACCUAUGCGCAAGUCUACGACCGUGCCCUCCGCUAUGGCGUGUGGCUGAAAGAAAAAAUGGCCGUUGGGAAGGGUGACGUGGUAGCAGUGGAUUUCAUGAACUCAGACACCUUCAUCUUCUUAUGGCUGGGCCUCUGGUCCAUUGGCGCCAAGCCGGCCUUUAUCAACUACAAUCUGCGCGAUCAGCCGCUGGUACACUGCAUCCAGACCGCCACCACCAAGUUGAUACUCGUCGACUCUGCCGUUGCUGAGGCGUUCACGCCAGAAGUUCGCACCGCCCUGUCCGACAGACGCAUCGAGGUCUUCUCCGAGGCCCUAAAGACCGAGAUCUUCGCCACAGACCCGAUCCGUUACCCCGACGAGCUGCGCCACGAGGACAAGCUAGAAGACAUGGCCGUCCUCAUCUUCACUUCCGGCACGACCGGCCUCCCCAAGGCUGCCGUGGUGUCGUGGUCCAAACUGAUUGUCGGUGGCAACUUUACGUGGCACUGGACGGGCGCCACCAAGGAUGAUAUAUACUAUACGUGCAUGCCUCUCUACCACUCCUCCGCCAUCCUGUUCUGCUUCUGCACCAUGCUGAAUGCCGGCGGCGCCGUGGCCGUCGGCCAUCGCUUCUCCAACAAAACGUUCUGGCCCGACGUGCGCAAGUUCAAGGCAACCAUGAUCCAGUACGUCGGCGAGACGUGCCGGUAUCUCCUUGUGGCACCGCCGCAGAUCGACCCUGCGACCAACGAGAACCUGGACAAGAAGCAUUCCGUGCGCCUCGCCCUUGGAAACGGCCUCCGCCCCGACGUGUGGAACCGUUUCAAGGAGCGCUUCGGUAUUGAGACGAUUGCCGAGUUCUACGGCGCAACAGAGGGCACGCUGGCCACGUUCAACCUAUCCCGAAACGACUAUUCCAUGGGCGCCCCAUGGCGUGAUCCGCGCACUGGAUAUUGUCGGCGUGCCACUGUGGGCGAGCCGGGCGAGCUGGUCUUCAAGCUUCCCUCGGACAAUAUUCACAAGCGCUUCCAGGGAUAUUACCAGAACGAGAAGGCCACCCAGGCCAAGGUCAUGCGCAACGUCUUCCGCAAGGGCGAUGCUUGGUUCCGCACCGGUGACGUUCUGCGUACCAGCGCCGAGGGCAUGCUCUAUUUCCACGACCGCAUCGGUGACACGUUCCGGUGGAAGUCGGAGAACGUGUCGACCACGGAGGUGGCGCAUGCUGUCGGCCUUCACCCCGAGGUGGUCGCCGCGAACGUGUACGGCAUCGAGGUUCCCUGCCACGACGGGCGCGCCGGCUGUGCUGCCAUCGAGCUCAAGGACGGGCCGACGGCAGAGUUUUUGGACAGCCUCGGCCAACACGUCCAGCAGAGCCUUCCGCGGUAUGCGCUGCCGCUGUUCCUGCGCGUGGUCCAGGACUCGACCGUGCACACGACCGGAACAAACAAGCAGCAGAAGCACGUUUUGCGCGAGGAGGGUGUCGAUCCGGAAAAGGUCGGUUCGGAUCCCAUCUUCUGGCUGCAAGACGGGACGUACAAGCCGUUUGGACGGCAAGAGUGGGAGCUGCUGAAGGGCGCCCAGGUGAAGUUGUAA